AUGGAUCUGGGCUCAAUGGAGGGUGGAAGAUCCAGUGAUGUCACCAUAUAUAAAUCCAAGCCUCUCCUCACAGAAGAGACUGAGCACUCAGAGAGUACUGCCAACAUCACUCAUCUGAAUGUAGAAAUAUACAAUGAAACUACAUAUGUCUUGAACACAUUUGGUAUCUCAGACAAAGCUGUUGACAUCCUCAAAGGCCUGCUGGUCACACGCCUGCUGCCCUCAUUCUACAUCAUCAUCAUCCUCAUUAGUUUGCCUCUGAACGCUUUGGCCUUGGUAACAUUCACCUCUAGGAUUCAAGAGAAACAACCAGCUGUGAUCUACAUGUCUCACCUGGCGUGUGUGGACCUGCUCUUCACCCUGCUGCUGCCUCUGAAGAUCCACUACCAGCUGAACGCUUCAGAUUGGGUGUUCGGUGAGGCGGCGUGUCGUGUGCUCAGUGCAGCUUACUACUGCUACAUGUACUGCUCCAUACUGCUGAUGAUGUGCAUGAGUGUGGACAGGCUGCUGGCUGUGGUGUUUCCCAUCACCUCUCUGACCUGGAGGAGCACAAGGAAAGCCACAUGUGUGUGUGUGCUGGUCUGGCUGCUGGCGCUCGCUGGUACAGUGCCGCUUCUCUCCAUAACACAAACAUUCAAGAUAAAGGAUGUGGGGGCGUCACCUGUGCUGUAUCACACACAGCUGUAUGCAUACCUGUUUAUCAUCCUCUCCUGCCUCUACUUCUUCUUGCCUCUGGUCAUCACCAUAGUGAGUUACUCUACCAUCAUAUAUGUGCUCACUACCAAGAAUGAUCACUUGGAAACCUCAUAUUCAGACAAGCGAAGGAGAGCUGUGAUUAUGGCUAUCGGUGUGCUGAGUGAGUUUGUAAUGUGCUUUGCACCAACCAAUGGCAUCUUGUUGUACCACUGUGUUCAUUUAGCCACCGGAGGCAGCAGUGAGGAGGGGAAAUACUACUUGCCGGCUGUGUGUUUGGGGAGCGCAAGUGCGUUUCUGGACCCUCUGCUGUACUACUACGGCUCGUCUCAAUGCAGAGAGCAGAUCCACUCUCUGAUCUGUUGGAGGAAGACAAAAAGCACAACCAUACCAUAA